AUGAAGGUCGCCGCAUCGGCGCUCCUCGUCGGAGCAGCUGUUGCCGCCGUCCCGCAGCAGCAACAGCCUCUGAUCCCAGCGUCGCUCCAAGAGACGUUCAAAUCCGCCGGCGAUAAGGCCUCGUCUUGGUCCAAGCCAUUGAAGAACCUCCAGCAUGAGCUCAAGCAUCUCACCGAAGAAGCCCGGCAGGUCUGGGAUGAAGUGGCGAUGAUGUUCCCAGAGAGCAUGAGCCAGGCGUCGUUCUUCAGCCUGCCCAAGAAGCACACUCGCAAGCACGAUAGCGAGUGGGAUUUCAUCACCAAGGGCCAGGACGUUCAAGAGCUGUACACGACCAACUCCAAGGGCGAGAAAGAGCGCGAAAUUGAUGGUCAUCUUGAGGCUUUCAACCUGCGCACCAAGAAGGUUGACCCAGCUAGCCUUGGCGUUGACAAGGUCAAGCAGUAUUCUGGAUACUUGGACAACGAAGAGGACGACAAGCAUCUCUUUUACUGGUUCUUUGAAUCGCGCAAUGACCCUAAGAACGAUCCUGUUGUUCUUUGGUUGAACGGUGGCCCUGGCUGCUCUUCGCUGACUGGUCUUUUCAUGGAGCUUGGCCCGUCUUUCAUCAAUGCAAAGAUCGAGACUGAGUACAACCCAGCCAGCUGGAACGCCAAUGCUUCGGUCAUCUUCUUGGAUCAGCCAGUGAACGUUGGUUACUCCUACUCGAGCAGCAGCGUCUCGAACACCGUUGCCGCCGGCAAGGAUGUGUAUGCCCUCUUGACUCUCUUCUUCAAGGAGUUCCCAGAGUACGCCAAGCAGCCAUUCCACAUCUCUGGCGAGUCGUACGCUGGACACUAUAUUCCUGUCUUCGCUUCUGAGAUCCUCUCGCACAAGAAGCGCAACAUCAACCUCCAAUCCGUCCUUAUCGGAAACGGUCUUACUGAUGGAUACACCCAGUACGAGUACUACCGCCCAAUGGCCUGUGGUGAGGGCGCAUGGCCCGCUGUCCUCGAUGAGCAGGAGUGCCAGAGCAUGGACAACUCUCUCCCACGCUGCCAGAGCUUGAUCGAGAACUGCUACAACAGCGAGUCUGUGUGGACUUGCGUUCCAGCCAGCAUCUAUUGUAACAACGCCCUCAUCGGACCAUACCAGCGUACCGGCCAGAACCCAUACGAUGUCCGCGAGAAGUGCAAGGGUGGCAACCUUUGCUACGACGAACUCAACUGGAUUCAGGACUGGCUCAACAAGGACAAGGUCAAGAAGGCCCUCGGUGUUGAGAUCGAUGAGUACGAGUCCUGCAACAUGCAGAUUAACCAGAACUUCCUCUUCAAUGGUGACUGGAUGAAGCCAUAUCACCGUCUGGUGCCCGGAAUUCUCAAGGAGAUCCCUGUCCUCAUCUACGCAGGUGACGCAGAUUAUAUCUGUAACGGCCUCGGAAAUCGCGCCUGGACGGAGGCAUUGGAGUGGCCAGGACAGAAGGCAUACUCCAAGGCUCCUCUCGAGGACCUCAAGCUCCAGGAAGAUGGUAGCAAGAUCGGUGCAGUCAAGUCCUCCGGCAACUUCACCUUCAUCAGCAUUCACGCUGCAGGCCACAUGGUUCCUCAUGACCAGCCUCCUGCUUCCCUUGACAUGCUGAACAGGUGGUUGGACGGUGAAUGGAUCGAGUCCUAA